AUCUGGAUCACACAGAAAUCCUUGCUGUCUUUGUCACUUUUAGUUUUAAAGAAUAAGAAAAUGUUCUUCCGAAACCACACAGUGGUGACAGAAUUCACUCUCUUGGGACUAACAGAGGACCCAGUGCUAGAGAAGAUACUGUUUGGGUUGUUUCUGGUGAUCUACCUCAUCACACUGGCUGGGAAUCUGUGCAUGAUCCUGCUGAUCAAGACCAAUUCUCACCUCCAAACUCCCAUGUACUUCUUCCUUGGCCACCUCUCCUUUGUAGACAUUUGCUAUUCUUCCAAUAUCACUCCAAAUAUGUUGUAUGGCUUUCUCUCAGACCACAAGACCAUUUCCUAUGUUGCAUGCUUCACACAAUGUCUUCUGUUCAUUGCCCUGGUGAUCACUGAGUUUUACAUACUUGCUUCGAUGGCUCUGGAUCGCUAUGCAGCUAUCUGCAGCCCUCUACAUUACAGUUCCAAGAUGUCCAAGAAUAUUUGUAUCUCUCUAGUCACAGUCUGUUAUAUGUAUGGCUUCUUUAAUGGACUGUCUCAGACACUGCUAACAUUUCACUUAUCCUUCUGUGGUUCCUUGGAAAUCAAUCAUUUCUACUGUGCUGAUCCUCCUCUUAUACUGCUGGCCUGCUCUGACACCUACGUCAAGAAGAUGGCCAUGUUUGUAGUUGCUGGCUUUACUCUGUCAAGUUCUCUCUUCAUCAUUCUUCUAUCAUACUUUUUUAUUUUUGGAGCCAUCUUGAGACUCCGUUCUGCUGAAGGCAGGCAAAAAGCCUUUUCUACUUGUGGGUCUCACCUGAUGACAGUCACUAUAUUUUAUGGAACCCUCUUCUGCAUGUAUUUAAGGCCUCCAUCAGAGAAGUCUGUAGAGGAGUCCAAGGUAAUUGCAGUCUUUUAUAGUUUUUUGAGCCCAGUGUUGAACCCGAUGAUCUACAGUUUGAGGAACAAAGAUGUAAUUCUUGCCAUGCAACAAAUAAUUAGGAGAAUCUUCUUUCCUAAAAUUGCUAUUUAAGUAUCUGUUUAUUUGUAAUCC